GUUAUAUAAAGUGGGGCUUUAAGGGAACUUGCAGUCGGAGGGAACAGGUUGAUGAGCUGCACUCUGCUGAAAGGAGUCUGCACAAUGAAAUUUCUCAUGAUGAUUGUGUUCUUACAGGUAUCUGCCUGUGGGGCUGCUCCCAUGAAUGACAGUGAAUUUGCUGAAGGUUCCCAGCAGAAACCUGGCUGCAUACAACCGUGUGCAAUGCUUGUGUUUUAUCUAGUGGUACUUGUCAAGAUUUUAUGAUUAUGGAAAGGACAGAAUUCCAAUGACAAAAACAAAAACCAAUAGAAACUUCCUAAAAGAAAAACUCCAGGAAAUGCAGCAGUUCUUUGGGCUAGAAGCAACUGGGCAACUGGACAACUCAACUCUGGCAAUAAUGCACAUCCCUCGAUGUGGAGUGCCCGAUGUACAGCAUCUUAGAGCAGUGCCCCAGAGGUCAAGAUGGAUGAAGCGGUACCUCACUUACAGGAUCUAUAAUUACACUCCGGACAUGAAGCGUGAGGAUGUAGACUACAUAUUUCAGAAAGCUUUCCAAGUCUGGAGUGAUGUGACUCCUCUAAGAUUCAGAAAGCUUCAUAAAGAUGAGGCUGACAUUAUGAUACUUUUUGCAUUUGGAGCUCACGGAGACUUCAACUAUUUUGAUGGCAAAGGUGGUACACUAGCCCAUGCUUUUUAUCCUGGACCUGGUAUUCAAGGAGAUGCACAUUUUGAUGAGGCAGAAACGUGGACUAAAAGUUUUCAAGGCACAAACCUCUUCCUUGUUGCUGUUCAUGAACUUGGCCAUUCCUUGGGGCUGCAGCAUUCCAAUAAUCCAAAGUCAAUAAUGUACCCCACCUACAGAUACCUUAACCCCAGCACAUUUCGCCUCUCUGCUGAUGACAUACGUAACAUUCAGUCCCUCUAUGGAGCCCCAGUGAAACCCCCAUCCUUGACAAAACCUAGCAGUCCACCAUCAACUUUCUGUCACCAAAGCUUGAGUUUUGAUGCUGUCACAACAGUGGGAGAGAAAAUCUUUUUCUUUAAAGACUGGUUCUUCUGGUGGAAGCUUCCUGGGAGUCCAGCCACCAACAUUACUUCUAUUUCUUCCAUAUGGCCAAGCAUCCCAUCUGGUAUUCAAGCUGCUUACGAAAUUGAAAGCAGAAAUCAACUUUUCCUUUUUAAAGAUGAGAAGUACUGGUUAAUAAACAACUUAGUACCAGAGCCACACUAUCCCAGGAGCAUAUAUUCCCUGGGCUUCUCUGCAUCUGUGAAGAAGGUUGAUGCAGCUGUCUUUGACCCACUUCGCCAAAAGGUUUAUUUCUUUGUGGAUAAACACUACUGGAGGUAUGAUGUGAGGCAGGAGCUCAUGGACCCUGCUUACCCCAAGCUGAUUUCCACACACUUCCCAGGAAUCAAGCCUAAAAUUGAUGCAGUCCUCUAUUUCAAAAGACACUACUACAUCUUCCAAGGAGCCUAUCAAUUGGAAUAUGACCCCCUGUUCCGUCGUGUCACCAAAACAUUGAAAAGUACAAGCUGGUUUGGUUGUUAGGAAGAAUGUAGUGAAGGGUGCUUGCUGGUUUUUCAGUUUUAUAAGUAUAUUUAUUACAUAUUCACUCUAUGCUCAGGGUGUAACUAUGUGGCAAUAAUGUAACAGGAAAUAAGGGGAGGUGUACAGGUCACACACACAUAGUUACACAGAAAAGUGCUUUUACAAAAUUAACCUCUUUUAGGAAACUUUUUUCACUUCAUUCUAUUCUUAAUUUUGAAAGUGCAUGGUUCAGAGGCCAACUGGUUUAUCUGUAAGUUGUUUUCUAACAACCUUCAAGUAGAAAUAUUAGAAUUACUCUCUUGUCUUUACUGAAAUGUAACAUGUUUUGUUUUCUUUAAAUAAAUUGAAAGAAAGUGUUUGCCUUUUAAUUUUUUCUUUAAAAAAGUGUGUGUGUGUGUGUGUGUGUGUGUGUGUAUGUUGCCUAUGUGCAUAUUUAUGUACCACCUGCUGGUAGAAGACAGAAGAGGAUGUCAGGUCCCUAGAAACAGGAGUUAUCAUGGUUAUGGGAAACAUUGUGGGUGCUGGGGAUUGAAUUCAUAUCUCCUAAAAGAGCAGCCUGUGCUCUUUGCUCCUGUGUCAUCUCUCCAGCCCCAGUUAUAAUAUUUUUCUUGAAAAGUCAAUCAAUUUUGAAAAUAACUGUGGUCUUCUAAAUAAAAUCUUUCUGUGACUGUACCAAGCCAUCAAUGGAGAUGUGAUAGCUAUAAGAAGUUGAAGCUUGGAGUCCUUUUAAUCACUUGUGUAUGAACAGCAGUCUAAACCCAAGACAAGAAAGCAUUCUCUAGCCAGCACAUGACUCCAAAGGUAGCUCCAUAUGACCACAAGACUGAAGAGGAGGUAGGAGGAAAUAAGGCUUCUGUUCUUGUUAGAUGUGUUGUGUGGCUCAUUUCACAUCAGAAAGUGGGUUGUAGCAUUGCUAUGUGGCCUUACAGGACAUUAAAUGGAAGCCUCCUUAAGCACAGGAGGAACUAUGAGUAGCACACGCUUUGUUUGUCACAGGAAAAAGACAACAUGGUGAGCCUGCCAUGUCUGUGUCCUGGUCUGCCUUCUAUCAGUUUUAUUUUCUGUCCUGACAUCUUGGCUCCCUAUCUUCUGUAUUGUGUAUGCUGUAGAGAUCUCAAAGCUUGUGAGUUUGUGAAGUAUGUCCAAUGUUAAAACUGACUGGUGUAUUGUCCAAGAAACAGAGAACCCUUCAUAGCAGAUUGUCAUUCAGGCAUUUUUGGAGACUGAAAUGAACUGAAAUAGGAAUGACAUGAGGAAAGGGCUCCUUUGCUCCAUGUGUCAGAUGUGAGUAUUAACCUUCGACAUCAACUUCAUGAGAUCCAGAGUCAUGUAAGAGACAUGUGAGCACUACUUCAAAGAAGGUAAAUGGUAGGGAGCAUUGUCACUCUCAGAGCAGGUGGCAGAUCGAUGACAGUCCCAUCAUGGGAAGGACAGCAUUUUGUCCUUAAUAGGAUAGGUCAUUAAUUUUGGUUAUGAAUUUGCAUUUCCUGUACAUAGUGCUCCUGCUCAAACUAUCACCCAUGGACUUACAGCAUACCUUACCACCACCAUAGUAUUCCACACAACAUUGUUUCUGUUCAGGGACCUCAUUUCACAGCCACAGUAGAGUCACAUUAGGCUCACAUUCAUGUUGAUAUUCAUGCUCUGCACAGUCCUGACACGGGAAAAACAUCUGCUUUAUAGACUGCUGUAAGCCUUUGAUUGAUUUCUAGAAUCUUUAUCUUCUCAGUAUUAGAGACUGAACCCAGGGCCGUGUGUGUACAACAAAGCACGUGACCUUUAAGUUAUGUCCUAGCAGUUAAGAUUCUGAAAAGGUCAUUUUUUCUGCUAUUUUUAUGCUGGUGUUUUUGUUACUUUUAUGAAAAAAAAUAUUUGGAUUACCCUUUAUUUAAUCAUUCCAGGUGGCAUGGCUUUUAGAUUAUUAAUUUUAGUGUUGACAGCAAACAGAUAUUUAAAGCCUUAAAUUAAUGCUACUAUUCUCAUAAUAAUUCUGUCAGCGUGGAUUUUUUCAGGAAAUGUAUUAUUUAUAUUAAAGUGUUAUUUAGCUGACUCAAUACCUAAAAUAUUUUCAUAACUUCUGCUAUGGCAAAUGUUUCCUGAGACAGAAUAACAAAUAAAAACUCUUCAAAAUCUG